GUCCUUUCUCUCUGCUCUUCUUUAUCCUUAGGGGUCGAUAGCAGCGGGGACAGCCCGGUAUAUGGCCACGGAUUUACGUUUCCCGGACUCCAUGCCCUGUCACAAUCAGCAAGUAAAUUCUGCCUCUACCUCAAGCACCGAAUCACUGCGACCCUGCGACCCGAUCCCGGAACAUGCUGGGGGAAACAGCGCCUCCAUGGACAAGUUGGUUCUUUUCACAGGGCACACCCCUUCCAGUGUCCCAGCAGAACGGGACUUCCAGGUCUGUGGCGGCGCCAGCAACUCUGCGAUCAACAGUGACAGUGGUGGUAAUGGUAAUUAUGAAACAUCUGCUGGCGAUUCCCUCCUAGGGGCUUGCGAACUCUCUCGGCAGAUGGGGGCUCAGCUUAAAUUGCUACCUAUGAAUGAUCAGAUCCGGGAGCUGCAGACUAUCAUUCGGGACAGAACAGCCAGUAGAGGGGACUUCAUGUUUUCUGCGGAUCGUUUGAUCAGACUUGUUGUGGAAGAGGGAUUGAAUCAGCUACCAUAUAAAGAAUGUAUGGUGACCACUCCAACAGGGUACAAAUAUGAAGGAGUGAAAUUUGAGAAGGGAAAUUGCGGGGUCAGCAUAAUGAGAAGUGGGGAGGCAAUGGAACAAGGUUUAAGAGACUGCUGUAGAUCCAUAAGAAUUGGAAAGAUCCUGAUUCAGAGUGAUGAGGAAACACAACGAGCCAAAGUAUAUUAUGCCAAGUUUCCUCCAGACAUUUACCGAAGAAAAGUCCUUCUGAUGUAUCCGAUUCUCAGCACUGGAAAUACUGUGAUUGAAGCUGUGAAGGUUCUUAUGGAACAUGGAGUUCAACCCAGUGUUAUCAUCCUACUCAGUCUGUUCUCAACUCCUCAUGGUGCCAAAUCAAUCAUUCAAGAGUUUCCAGAGAUCACAAUUUUAACUACUGAAGUUCAUCCUGUUGCACCUACACAUUUUGGACAGAAAUACUUUGGAACUGACUAA